UUAUUAUGAAUGUAAAUCCUUGGUGACAUAUCGCGAUAAGCAAAUGGAAUUCAAUACACCGGUGGUAUAACUCCUCCGUAGGUCACUGAUAAGGCACAGCUUCGCUUAACCUUACUCAGGAUAUUCGAAACCACCGUCACAGAAUGAACAAGGCGAAUGGAUGGAAAGUCUCAAGGGCAGGAAAAGUUUCAAUAAAUCAAUGUCUUGAGCUGCUGAGAUUCUGAGGUAUAAUUCCUCAUAAUUUCGAUAUAUCUCCAGUCAUGUCUGGUCGAAAACUGGGAGGUGGAAGAAUUUUGGGUACCGGAAAGUCAUUGGCACCUCCUGCCCCUCCAGCGCAACAACGAAAUUCUAGUUUCAUCACUCCAUCAGAAAGUACUCUUUCAUUGAGUUCGAGUCAUUCAACAUCUCCUUUAGCAACUUCGCCUUUACCAAACGAUAGCCAAGAUUUAAGUUCGAGAGUUUCGCUGGAAAAUGGUCGCUCCUCAGGUGUCACCGCUACGGGCUCGAAGCUCCUAUGCCCAAUAUGCAGCGAAGAAAUGGUAGGUAAUCUUUUAUCUAUUACAAUAUUCUGCAAACUAAUGCCUGGCAGAUGACUUUAUUGCAACUCAAUAGGUAUGCUUUCUGCAUCUCGAAAAUCCGAAAAGAAACUCACUCUUGACAGACAUCUCGAUGAUAACCACCAAGAACUUCCGGAACUAGAACAGGAUGAGGUGAAGAAUUGGUUCGACAAGCAGGUUAUAAAGGCGAAGAAGUUUCAACCAUUAGCAGUGAUAAACCAGAAACUCAAGGGAUUAGACGUUUUCGAAUCCAAUGAUGCACCAACAUCCUCGAAUCCAAUACCAAAUACUCUUUCUGGAAAUCGCAUCUCAACGCCCGAGUCAGUCCGACCAGAUCCUGACGAAGUAAUCACAAGAACACAUUGGCAGAAAUCUGGAUUCAAUGACAUAUGCACGGAACCAAUAUGCGGGAAAAGACUUGGUGCAGUCAAUGGAAGUGUUAAUUGUAGGAAAUGCGGCCGUCUAUUCUGUGAGGACCACACCAUGUACCAAAUUAAACUCUCGAGGUCGGCACAACAUGAACCUGUGCGGGGAUUAUGGUGUAGGGUUUGCGAGACUUGUUUCAAGUCAAGAGAGGGAUAUAAUGAUCAUAACGGGUUCUUUCGAGAUCAGACGAACGACUUCAUGGCAAUGCGAAGGAAGCAUGUGGAUAAGGCUUAUCUGGAAAUCUCGAGAUUGGAAAAACGACUAAGUAAAUUGACACAAUUGCUUGCGAAUCCACACGAAGACAUGGUUAGCAAUGGAACCUUGUUAUCUCUAGCAGGGCAAAAGAAUCCACGCAAAAUACUGGAGCAAUCAGUGGUAACCUGGGAAGAAGAUGCAAAGGUUCCAAAAUGUCCUUUUUGCCAACAAGAAUUUGGUUCGUGGUCAUUUCGGCGUCAUCACUGUCGGUUAUGUGGACGGGUUGUCUGUUCAGAUCCUAGAACUGGAUGUUCGUCCGAAAUUGGGUUGAAUGUCACAGCAAGUAAGUUUUGAAAGUUUCCAACAUAUUCAGUGUCAUUCGUUGACAUAUUCCAGUCACUGAUGUCCAAUCAGAAAAACAUAGGGAGAAUGUUAGUCUCGAUAUUCGGAUGUGUCGCGACUGCAAAACGACGAUCUUUUCUAAGAAAGACUUUGCAGCUGAACUCAUGGAGAAGACACCGUCACAGCGGGCUUAUGAAAACCUCGUACAAUUUGAGAAAGGUAUUCGUUUACUGCUACCCAAUUUCCAGCGUCUAUUAGUUGCGCUCCAAGAUCCAGACAAACCUCCUUCACAUGCCCAAAUUGCUGAAGCAGCCAAGGUUCGAAAGAGAUUAAUAGAUAGUUUUGGAAAAUAUGAUCAAGCUGGAAGACGCAUACGUGACUUGCCAACAACCUCACCCACUCAACAAAAAAUUCAAAAGGCUAUCUACCAGCAAUCUUCUAGCUUUCUUCAUCUCCACAUGCUACCCCUCAAAUCCCUUCCCAAAGUCCUGAAACAUGCCACACCUUCCUCUAGUCAUUCAUCCCUCCGACCCCAGAACGGACGCUCCGCUCUUGCAAAUAUCAAAUACAACGACACGACUACAGAAACUUCAUCACAGAUCUCGGAUAUGAGCCAAAUAUCCCAAAUGGAACAAGAAGAAAAGGAAUUGAGAGAAAGAUUAAUAGUGUUGGAAGAACAAAAAUUCUUCGUUCAGGAAAUGGUAGCCGAUGCAGGGAAGAGAAGAAAAUUUGAUGAAGUAGAGGCUUUAAGAACUAAUUUGACUGAUAUGCAGAGGGAGAUUGAUAGCGUUAAUGGGAUGAUCGAACAAUUGGAUUUUGAGGGCGUCUACAGGAGAGAGAUGGAAGGGGGUGGGAAUUCGGGUGUUUUGGGAUUAGGGAGAUAAAAUGACGAAGUAUAGAAGCGAGUGGAGUGAUCGAUAGGAUAUUAACGAUUAUGUGCUUUACUUGGAGUAGAAGGGAAAGCGGGAAUGCUCGUGCACGCACCGCACUUAGUUAUAUACUUACUUACAUACCGGUUUGGAUUGCAUUGCUAGGCGUUGGACAUAUGGAAUGGGCUGGCUUGGGUAGCGUGGAGUAUGGACGGUGUCUGUUUCGUUUGUCUUCUCUUACAUGAUGACGUUAAGGGAGGAAGUAUGAAAGUACCAAAGCAAUUAAGCAAGCAACCAAGUCAUAGGCAGGCGGUUUUCGGAGCCCAUGUUUCUAGGAACGUAAAUAGUUAGCUGUUUUUAAGUGCUAGUUGUGCAUUGGGACUAGGAUUAGGAUUAGGAUUAGGAUUAGGAAUCAAUUUCGAUUUCGGAUUCGGA